AAGUGCAUACAUGUCUCAGAUGGCUAAAAGUAUCCAAUUAGCUCCGGAACAAAGGCGUUCUUGUUUUGUACAUGAACCUGCGUGAAUCAAGUGAUCAUACAGGCUUCCCUAAGCGAGACCUAGUGCCUGCGCGUAUAUUGGUAGAUUAUACAACGGACUGCACUCAAGCCGAAUAUACCGCUCGUUGUUGCGCCUUCUUCGCGGCCAUAUUCCAGGCGCUCCAGCAGGAUCUGAGCAGCAAGCUACCUUCACUGCGCUCUAGCAGUACUGAUGCUGUGGUAAAGGAAUGGAACGACAAAAUGUGCGACAUGCGCUCGGCAGCUCGUACUGAGUUCUUUGAGAUAGUGAAAUCUCGAUAUCAGGCAACUCUUGACCAGAUCAAAAUACCGAAAGAGAGCACUGAUGUCGCCGCUGCAAAAAAAGAGUCUUCGUCGUCUAGCAAGCUGAAACCGUCCAAAGUAGCAUUGGAGAAGACCAUCUCACAACUGGGCAAUCUGUCUUUGAAAGGUAGCAAGUCGAAACCGCACAAAGAGACCACCAAUGUUACACCAACAUCGGAGAAGACUUUGACAGAUGAGAAGGUCGAGGUUCCAAAAUUGGAAGGGGAAUCAUUCCUGAUCGAUGCUUUCCAAGAAAUGGUGGCUACUAUGCCACGUAUAUUUACCGUAUUGAAGGCGGGAGGGAAGGGGAAGGCGGGGGAGGGGGAUUCCGAUAAUGAGCCAAAACUCGUGAUCGCAUUUGACGAGGCACACCCUCUCAGCAAGAUGAGCAGCAAGGGUUUUCGUCCAUCACAUAUUCUGGGCAGGGUGAUUAACUCCUAUUCUCGCAACAAUGAUGCACCUGUCUGGGUUGUUUUCGCAUCUACGACCUCACAGGUAGCCCACUUUUCAGCUCCUCAAGAGAUUCAUGAUUCCCAGCGGGUAGCAGUAGCUGGACAGCUUUUAUAUCCGCCGUAUACCGACCUUGGUUGGGAUCAGCUCGCAAUCCCUCUGCGUCGCAUAUCAGCUAAUGAUGUUGCAAAGUUUCACCAUAUUGUCGGAUUCGGUCGUCCGCUGUGGAAAUUACACGUGCAAGAUAAGGUUGUCAAUGGGGUUAUGGAGUUGGCUGCGCAGAAGUUGUGCAAGUCCAAAUCAUUUGAUCCUAGAGUUACCAACCAGGCUCUCGCAGUCCUGUCGCAGCGAUUCGGUCUCGAUAUCUGCUUUGGUCACCCCGAUGCCGUUUCUCAUAUCGAAGCGGGAGUGGCUAGUCACUUGCGCGUAUGCUUCUCGACGACUGAAGAUAGGAUCUGGAGUUUUACCGGUUAUCCAUCGGAGCCCUUUCUGUCCUGUGUUGCAGCGAUUUUGCUGCAUGAAACUCCCAACUGUUUACUGCAAGCGUUACUGGUUUUGAGGGAGAAGGUUGAUAGUGGGAUGGUCGAAAUCGGACAGAGCGGAGAGCUGACCAGCAGACUUUUGCUGCUUCUUGCUAAGGAUCUCUUUAUCCGCCAGAACCCCUCCGAAGAUGCGAUCCAAGAUCUACGCUAUAACAGAAGUGAGGAUGCCGAACUGCUAGACUGCCAGAAGGUAUCUGUCAUCGAGUUCCUGGUAUACCUUUUUGGCACAACAUUCUGGUCGAAGGCGGGAGAGGAGGCCAAGGCAGCGUUUCGGCAUGCGUACAUCAAUUUUUCGCAUUGGGUGCCUAUGACAGAAUUUAUCUCGCCUGCAUGUGAUCUCGAACACACGGCCAAGGAGUCAAAAUGCGAUGCUCAAGAGUGGACUUUGCGACAUUGGCAUCGCACAAGCGCGGUGCAAUGCUGCCAUCUGCAGCCGCUCGUCGACAAAAUGAUUCCUAUAUAUUUUGACGAUCCCGCCCUGGGCCCCGAUGAUGAGAAACGCGUAUCACAAAUUUUCAUUUCCGACAAAGCGGGGAAGCGUCGCCAUGUACAAGAAUUAAGUCACAUCACACGCGGGCAUGAGACGAUCGAUUGCCAAUCUGUUCUUCCCUAUAUCGCUCUCCUUCUCGACCUCAAUGUGGUCCUGGAUCCGCAGCUUAAAGUCUCAUUUCCAGAGAGGAACCCAAGCCACUCCGAAACAGGCCGGUGCCUGCGGAUUUACGCUUCUGGAAUGAGCGACACCACCUUUCCAUUCUUACAUGAAUAUCCCGAUGUUAAGAGACAGCUACAAGGUCUUCUUUCUCGGCAGAAAGAAACAGCGUCGGAGACGGCUCUCCAAGCCCUCGUCAAAUUUGGGAGUACUGCCAGGUCGCGCAACUUGCGGUGGGAGGCACAACAAGAGUCACAACUAGAACCGUAACUGUGCAAGGGGGUAGAAUUCAAAUACCCUAAAGUAUACUCGCUAAAUCUUUGUAACAAGGAAGAUUCAGUAAUACUCCUGCUAGACAUAUUGUGUGCCUACGCUUGUCGUCUUCCUUGUUGCCAACAUUU